AUGGGUCAGUCGCAUUCCAAGAGCAAUGCCGACGGGGGCGACCCGUUGCAGUCGUACCCGUCCUUUUCGAAAUCCGAUACCAAAGAAUCCCUCCGCUCCUUCCGCGGCUCCAUUCGCUCCAAAAUCCCUGGAGCUCGAAGCACCGACAGUCCUCGGGGAUCGACUACGGCCCUCUCCAAGACCGAUAGCCAGAAUGACAGGUCUGAUGCGGGCUCCGUCAAAUCUUCCAACAGCCGACCUGGCUCCAAUGCCGGUCUCUCUACCCAGUCCAUCGGAUCUGACGGCACCUCCCGACCGGCCUCUCCCGACCCCCCGCCGUCUCCGUCGCUGUCGACCAGUCUAAAGCGAGGCCAUAAGGAUUCGAAUGCCAUGAAGCAGAGUGGUGAGGUAGACCACGUGUCGGAUGCUCCUCCAUCGAGCGGACCUCCCGCCGGAACUUCUCAGGCCGCAGGAGAGUCAAUCUUGAUCAAGCGGGAGAACCAGCUGAACCCAAUUUUGGAUUUCAUCCUCAACCCCGCCAUCGAGACUUCCGGGUCUCCCGGGAUGGGUAUGGGCGCUCUGAAGUCGAUCGACCUGGACGACAUGAUCACUAGACUGUUGGAUGCGGGAUAUUCCACGAAGGUCACGAAGACCGUGUGUCUGAAGAAUGCGGAAAUUACCGCCAUCUGUGGAGCUGCGCGGGAGCUCUUCCUCUCCCAGCCUGCGUUGUUGGAGUUGUCUGCUCCCGUUAAAAUCGUCGGCGAUGUUCACGGCCAAUAUACCGAUCUGAUUCGACUCUUUGAGAUGUGUGGAUUCCCGCCAGCUUCGAACUACCUCUUCCUAGGCGACUAUGUCGACCGAGGAAAACAGAGUUUGGAAACGAUUCUCUUGUUGCUGUGUUAUAAACUCAAAUACCCGGAAAACUUCUUCCUUCUUCGAGGAAACCACGAGUGCGCCAACGUCACUCGGGUGUAUGGAUUCUAUGACGAGUGCAAACGGCGUUGCAACAUCAAGAUUUGGAAGACCUUCAUCGACACUUUCAACUGCCUUCCAAUUGCUUCGAUCGUUGCAGGUAAGAUUUUCUGCGUUCACGGCGGUCUCUCGCCCAGCCUGUCACACAUGGACGAUAUUCGCGGUAUUGCCCGGCCUACCGAUGUUCCCGAUUAUGGGCUGCUGAACGAUCUUCUGUGGAGUGACCCGGCAGAUAUGGAGGAAGACUGGGAGCCGAACGAACGUGGUGUGAGUUAUUGUUUCGGCAAGAAGGUUAUCAUGAACUUCUUGCAGCGUCACGACUUUGAUUUAGUGUGCCGCGCACACAUGGUGGUUGAGGAUGGUUAUGAGUUCUACCAGGACCGGAUCCUGGUGACGGUAUUCUCUGCGCCUAAUUAUUGUGGUGAAUUCGACAACUGGGGUGCUAUUAUGUCCGUCUCCGGCGAGCUCUUGUGUAGUUUCGAACUGUUGAAGCCACUGGAUUCAGCUGCCCUGAAGAGUCACAUCAAGAAGGGACGCAAUAAGCGAAACAGUAUUCUGAACAGUCCUCCUGCGGCCCCUUCAGCCCAAAGUUUCUAAAAUUGAUGACUUUCGAGUACCUGUCCCUCUUGGCCUCUGCAUUUCGCCAUUGUUCCAAUUGCGGCUGCAGUCACCAUCUGAAAUUGACCCGAUCUUCACUCCGUCAGC